AUGGAUUCGGAAGUUAAAGUUUCUGAAAAACCUAAUAAAUUUCUUCCGUCACCGUCGACGAAAAUCGUUAAAAUUUCUACCAUCGGAAAAAAAAACGGGUUACAAAAAUUUCAGCUACGGACCUCAAUCAGUAAACCUAACAUAGUCCAACCAGUCAACAAGGAUAAAAUGAUCGCCGUUCCGAAAAUGGACGUUCUUAAAAGCAGCACGCAAACGGUUGUCAAAACUAUGAAUCAAUUUGUUGACGGUGAGCACCCAAAUAGACGGGUAUAACGUUCAAAAGUUUUUAAUCGUUUGGAUUGGCGACGAUUGGUCGAUGUCUCUACAUAAUUUUGGAACUUAAAACUUAAAUGACUCCGUAUAUGUAAUUUUAUUUUAAGACUUGCCUGCUAAUUCGGUGGCUACGGUGACUGACGUAGUGGUGCGCCGAAAUUCGAAAAACGACAGGCCCCAUUGUCGUCUAAGAGCGUCUGGGAACGAAUCGGAAAACGGAAAAGUGAUGUCUGUAGCUGCUGUGGUGGUCCCGUGGGAGGAGCUGACGAAAACGUCUCAAGAACAGAAAUCAUUUGGAGUGACGAGCAGCAGUCUUGUCAGUGACGGUGUCGAAAAAUCGAUAUUAUUCGAUUCCACAAAAGGAGGACCGUCGUCGGCCUCGAAACGGAAAGUGACGGUAAUCCUCGUAUUUGGGUUGUUUCGCAGUUUUAUUAGAUUGACGCAUAAUAUUAUGUCAUGAGUAAAAGGUAGGAAGAUGGUCGCGAGACAUAGAGUCCAAAGUUUUUUUUUUUAGAUUCAGAGCGGAGUAAAAUAUAGGUUCUAAAUAUCUGUGAUCGGCUUUGCGGUUAUAGUAUAGAGAUCUUCCAAAACUUUCAAUACCAUGCUCCACGAUAAACGCUUUAUUCGGAUAAUAUUUUUCUAGAUAAUCCACAACAGCUCGAAGUAGCCGGGAAUUGUAUAAGAUUUUAAUUUUUAUAUACAGGGGCCCACGCUUGAAUUUCGGACAUUUUUACUUUCGUAGAUUUCCAAUGACAUUUCCAAUAGGAUUCAAUCGUUGACGAAGAAUGCUGGUAUCUUCAGGGCCAUUCGCGAUUUUGGCAACGACAAGUCCAACACAAUAAAUCCAUCCAGUAAGGACGUUCCGACGUGCCUACCGGCUGAACAUGAUGGGACGCGUAUGGAUAUAGACGUUGACGGCGUGGUGGUGACGUUAAUAUCGGAUCCAGACGAUCAGAAUUUAUUGGUAACCUAG